AUGGCCGACACCGACUCGCUCGACGCAACCGUCUUUGACGCCAUCCUCCUCGGUACAGGAUUCACCCAGACCAUCGUCGCCGCAGCCCUUGCUCGUGCCGGCAAGACCGUCCUUCAUCUCGAUGAGAAUGACUAUUAUGGCGGGGCAUCGGGGGCCUUUGGUGUGCGCGAUCUCUUGAAAUGGGCUACGAGGAUCGCAUCCACCUCUUCUGUUGGUCAUGACGCAAGCGCGGAUAAGAUCGAGUUCGAGAGACUGGUGGCAAGAUCGUACAACAACCUCGAGUUUCAAUUCCAUCGCGUCGAGACUGGCGGCGCUGCCGACACUGUCAUCGACCUCACCACUGUCCUGCAAACUCACAAAGAUGCCUCGGCCAAGGACAGGAUCAAAGCCGUCGAAAAUCACAUCACUGCCGCGUACACUCCCAUCAACAACAACCCAUCCAAGGAAUCAAAAGAAGCCAUCUCCUCCCUCGCCACCUGGGCUUCAACACCCGAACUCGGCGCCACCGCAUCCCAACUCACGUCUGUUUCGUUCUCUCAGAUCCAGUUGCUCGAGGAGUUCCUGAAGAACACGCGCAAGUACAACUUUGAUCUGUCGCCAAAGUUGCUCUAUUCUCGCGGACCAUUGACCAACCUCUUGAUUUCUUCGGGAAUUGGAAAGUACCUCGAGUUCAAGCUGCUGGAGCGCACUGCUGUCUAUGAGGCUCUUACCGAUAAGGUCGAGAUGAUGCCGACCUCAAAGGAAGAUGUCUUUGUCUCCAAGGCCCUGUCCCUCAAGGAAAAGCGACUCUUGAUGAAAUUUUUGCAGUUUGCGGUCGACUAUGAGAACCAGACGGAAGUUUGGAAAGAUUACAAACAUGCUCCGUUCACACAGUUUGUUCAGAGUGCAUAUGGAUUGACGGACAAGGUUCUCACGGCCGUUGUCUACGCGAUCGGAUUCGACGGAAAUGACUAUGCUACGACAACGGAGGGCCUCAAGUCUGUCAAGGUCUACCUCCAGUCCUUGGGCCGCUACGGCAACUCUGCCUAUCUUUGCCCCCUUUAUGGCGUUGGAAGUGAACUGGCCCAGGCUUUCUGCAGAGUGUCCGCAGUGUAUGGAGGCAUUUAUAUGCUGCAGCACGCACUGGACAAGCACAACGUGGACAAGGAGGCGAACAAGUGGCAGUCAGUGGUCGAUCACACUGGCCAGACGCUGAAGGCGAACCAAAUCAUUUGCUCGCGUGAAUACCUUUCCAAGGAAAUGGAUGAAUACAUCGAGGCCAGAACCCUGAACAAGAACUAUGUGUCGCACUGCAUCAUUGUCACGGAUAGGUCGGCAUUCGGCGAGACGACACUGUGCAAGACACUGUUCCCUAUGGACUCGUUGGUACUCAACCCAGGAGAGACUCCAGUAAGGAAGAACAAUCACACCGUCUCUGUUCUCCAAAUGUGCGGUGGCACUAUGUCCUGUCCCAACGACCGAUAUAUUCUGUACGUGUGGGCGGAGUCGGAGGACUUGAAGACGGACGCAGAGGAGGAUCUGAAGGCCGCUAUCCGGAAGCUGGUCCAUAUUCCCGGUGAUCCUCUCUCCCUCAAAGCCCCAGCUCCCACGCAGGUUGCUGCAGCUACCCCUGCAGCGCCAGCAUCAGCUGAAGAGUCCAAGCCUGCUCAGCAGCUUGGAGAGGCCCCUGCUGGGGAGGACCAACCUCGCAUGAGUCUGGAUCAGGAACUGGAUAUGGAACAGGUGCGCCAGGAGAUUCUUCAGGCCGAGAAGAAGCUGUUCGAAGAAAGCGACAACAACACCCCAGUCCCAUCGCGCCCUUCAACACCAGCGCCAGGAGCACCUUCCUCUACCGGAUCUUCAACAGCAACGCCCCUCUCAAGAACCGCUUUCCAGAAAUCCAAAUCUGCGACAUCACUGUCUAUGGACAGCAUCAUUGCACCGAUCGCGUUGUUUACAAUGUUCUAUAAGCGUGCGGCGUCUUGGCCUCGUGUCCCUUACCCUAUUGGGUCAGAAAAUUUGAAGCCCCUGCCUGAUAAUCUGACGGUGGUCCGCCCCAUGAACCACAGUCUGGACUUUGAGGCUGCGACGGAGGAGGCCAGGGCGAUAUUUGAGAAGCUUUGUCCUGGAGAGGAAUUCUUGCCACCCACCCCUGAGCCUGAGGAUAACUCUGGAUUCUAG